UUAUUUUGAAGUACCACACAUUUCCGCCUGUUUGCGCUCAUGGCUGAACGGUCCGCUCUUUGGUAAACCUUGAGCCUGAAGUUAAUUUAUAAAUGACAUGUCAGCACUAACUAAAGCAAUGUCGAAGUUUCGUUUGGCCGUGGUCCAGCUGCAGGUGACCGGUGUGAAGGCGGACAACCUGAGCCGAGCCCGGAGACUGGUGAAGGAGGCUGCGGGACAGGGGGGCAAGGUGGUCCUUCUACCGGAGUGCUUCAAUUCUCCUUAUGGGACCAAUUUCUUCUCUACAUAUGCCGAGAGGAUCCCAGGAGAGUCCACUCAGGUGCUGUCAGAAAUUGCCAAAGAAAAUAAAGUGUAUUUGGUGGGAGGCUCCAUUCCUGAAGAAGACUGUGGAAAACUGUUUAACAGCUGUGCAGUGUUUGACCCAGAAGGACAGAUGCUCCUCAAACAUAGAAAGAUUCAUCUCUUUGACAUCAGUGUCCCAGGAAAAAUCCACUUUCAGGAAUCAGAGAUACUCAGUCCAGGGAACAGUUUAUCAAUGUUUGACACACCAUUUUGUAAAGUUGGUGUUGGCAUCUGCUAUGACAUGAGGUUUGCAGAAUUGGCACAGCUUUAUAGCAGGAAAGGUUGCCAGCUCUUGGUUUAUCCUGGAGCCUUUAACAUGACGACUGGCCCGGCACACUGGGAGCUCCUACAAAGAGCCAGGGCUGUAGAUAAUCAGGUUUAUGUGGCAACAGCAUCACCAGCCAGAGAUGAAACAGCGUCUUAUGUGGCUUGGGGUCACAGCACAGUCGUGAACCCAUGGGGAGAGGUUAUGUCAAAAGCCGGUCCUGAAGAGGCUGUUAUUUAUGCUGAUAUUGAUCUGCAGUAUUUGGCUGAUAUCCGACAGCAGAUCCCAAUCACGACCCAGCGACGAAACGACCUCUACACUGUCACCACAGUCCCAGAGUCGACAGGCUGAUCAUCUCCAAACUGGACGGAGCAGGACAGGUACAAACUAACGGGCUAUGGGAAGCAACAAACAUGACAGAUUCUGAAUCUGAAAACCUGAAAAACUGAAUAAUAGUGUUGUAUAAUGUCUAAUUGUUUGAGCCAUGGGUCAUUAAUUACUGUAUUAAAAAUGUGAUAAAUUCAAUAAAUCAUUUGGAUACUGGCCAAUAUGUUGGAAGAGGAGAGAAGAGUAUAAGUACAAAGAAAAUCUUUUAAUUUUGAAAUACUAAAACAGCAGCAAGAGUCUUGUCUAUAGAAAUGAGUUAAUGAAGUAAAUCCUAUGAAAUACAGAAGUAUCCAGUUUGAGAUUGUUUUAAAGUGAGAUUUGAUAGUCUUUAUUGUCAGACACAGGUCUCCUUUGACAUUAGUGCUUCUUCCUGUGUUUCUUCUAAGAACUGGUGCUUUUUGUAUCCUGUAAAGAA